AACGUGAAAGCACCAGCUAAACCGUUCGGAACCCUUGUACCGUGUGCAAAUGCUCCUUUGCCCAUUGACUGUGAAGUGUAUUGGGGGUACCAAAAAAGUGUAUACAUGCUGACACCUUAAACCGAAACGGAACUUUUAAAGUAUGGCGUCGGUUCUAACUUUAGAGGCUAAAUUAGAACGGGUGGAUCCCACAACACCAUGGGGAUUUCGAAUGCAAGGAGGAAAGGAGUUUGGAAUUCCCUUGACGAUUCUUAAGGUAAAUCAAGGAAGUCUUGCAGCUAAGUGCGGACUUCAACAAGGGGACAUUAUUCUGAAAAUUGGCAGCCAGGAAACAACAAAUCACAAGCAUAAAGAAGCCCAAGACCUGAUCAUUGGCUCUGGCAACAAACUCGAUCUCCUUCUGCAGAGAAUCCGUGAAAAAAAGUCAAACAAUAAUCGAGGUGCUCCAGCCCCCCAGCAUACUUAUGAAAAGUUCGCUACCCCCAGCUUCAACUCGUAUUCAAGCCCCUCUGGUGCCCCUCAGGCGGGCUCCCAGAACUACAAUACUGCUGCAAAGCCCUUUGGAUCCCCUGCACCCAGGCCCGAUGUGGACGCUGUCACACAGCAAACUAGUCAACUCUCCUUUGCCCCGAAGCCUGCGGCGGUGCCGGCUGCCCCUCCCCCUCCCCCUCCCAUGCAGGGCCAGGGGCCAGGGUUCUACUCAGCCACCCCACCCCCUCCCCCUCCUGCUCAGACCCAGGGGCCAGGGUUUUACUCAGCUGCCCAGAAGUAUGCGGACAACGAGGAGAAACCAACAUUUGCCCAGCAUCAGUCACGCUCCUUCAAAUUCCUCCAAGGCAUGAUGGACAGUGGACAAGAGCCACCUAAAACCCUGCGACCUUCUCCUGGCCAAGUGGUUCGGAGUGUCUCCCCCAGCACAACCCAGAACAACUUUAACUCCAAACCCCGGCAGUUCAAUACCCCACAAGGAAUGUAUUCAGAGGAAAGUACCAAUAGUGCGUUAAAGAUGGCAAGGACUGGGGACGAGCAAGAGGAGGAACAGACGGUUGACGCUCAGGGGAAGGUUGUGUAUCGUCCCUCAGAAACAUUCAAAAUGGUGCAUGAACAAGAGACCCCCAGCCCACCCAAGCAAGAAGAUGAUUACAAACCUACUCAUUCCAGAACUUUUAAAAUGCUCCAAGAGAAAUUGGGAGCUGGGGACCAGCCCUCUACACCUAAGGCUCCCCCAGCACCAGCUCAAUCUUCGGCGCCUAAGCCAGGGGUGUGGACUCCCCCAGCAGCCCCUACUGCCAAGCCUUUCACCCCCAAUGUUCAGCCCCCUGCCCCUGCUGCUCCAGGAGGCCCCAAAAUGGGCCCUCCAAGGAACCCAACUGGAGUCAAUGCAGUUAGAGCCAAGAAGGGUGAAGCAACUAUUUUCAAGAGCGGUGAUUCAGUGCCAGGAAUCACAAGAAUUCCUGUCUGUUCUUCCUGUAGCAUCUCAAUCAGAGGGCCUUUUGUGGUAGCCCUGGGUAAGACCUGGUGCCCUGACCACUUUGUCUGUCAGAACCCGCGGUGUGGACAGAAACUGCUGGAUAUUGGUUUCGUAGAAGAGGGAGGCUUCUUGUACUGUGAAAAGGACUAUGAACAAUACUUUGCACCAACUUGUACCAAGUGUGGAAAACCAAUUGUUGGGGAGUGUGUUAACGCUCUGCAGAAGACCUACCACCCUGUCUGCUUCAUCUGCUACCAGUGUAAGCAGCCAAUCGGCGGUAACCAGUUCCACUUGGAGGAUGGCAACCCCUACUGUGAAAAUGACUGGAGGCAGAUGUUCCAGACCAUGUGCAAGGGGUGCGACUUCCCCAUCGAGCCCGGGGACCACUGGGUGGAGGCCAUGGGCAACAACUUCCACUCAGAAUGUUUCAACUGCUCGACCUGUGGUGUUAAUCUAGAAGGUCAACCAUUCUUUGCUAAAGGCGGCAAACCCUACUGCAAGAAACACACCCGAUAAAGUUCUCCGUCAAAAUCUUAGAUCCUCCCAUCCACAGUCACUGGACCUUAACCACCUCCUUCCGUGCCUGGAGUUCAGCAGAAAUGUGAUAUGUCAAAUUUUGGAAAACAGUAAUAAAUUUUCAUUUUAGUGCCAAAUCUUUCUUGAUGAUAAUGGAUAUGUCUGUCACAGUUAGAGGUCAAGAAUGAACUUCAAUCACAUGUUUAAGAAUAUUUGUGUUUUGACAGAGGUGCUUUUGUAUUAAGCUGUAGAAAUAAGCAUGUCGUAAACAUAUCAUAUGAAAAUGAGGGUCAGAAUAGCCAGUUGUCUAGCUAGUCGUGAUAUUAUACAUGUAUUGUUUUACAUGUCGUGUCUGGGUGACUCCUUAGAUGAUACUAUUUAUAGUCUUAAUGGGUCACAGGGUGCAACCAUUUUUGGCAAAAGAAUCUCAUGUGUGCAAGUAUUAACUUAAAAUCAUGUAAACACUUUUAAUCUUCAUACAAAUACUUAUACAUGUAAAGAUAACUGCUCUAAAAUGUUGAAGCUUGUAAAUCUACUUUUUCAUGCAUUUGAUUAACUGGAUGUGCAUUAUAUACUGCGCAUUUCUAGGAGGAAUUCACAAUAGCUAAUUUGAUGUAACAGCUUUACAGCCAAAAUAACUUAGCACAGAUGUUACUCAUUGUUUUGAUUAUGCAAUUUGUACAUGCUAGUCUCAGGCAUUUUCUCUAAUUCUUGUACCUAUAUCUUCAUGCUUAUCAUUAGACUCUUUGUGGAAGUUAGUGGAUUUGUUUGUUAACUUGCUUGUAGGAUGUCCACUGUUUAAUUUCCUGUCACAACAUUGGUAUGUUUUAUUUGUUUAUGGGUGAUAAUGUAAAUAUUGAAAUAUUGAUAAGUGAACAACACCAAGAUCAAUGAUAUGCUUUAAGCCAGUUCAUUAAUGAAGUAGGAUUGUUUUAUCAAUGGAUUAAUAAAAUAUUUAUCCCAAAAUGAGAUAAGAAA